AUGUCAACAGCUGGACGAGGAGAACGGAGACAAGAAGAAAAUGGAGGAGGAGAUAUCAGAAGAGGAAGAAGAUACGGAAAUCCAAGGGGAAAUGCUGAAGACGAGAAACAAGACAAAGGAGGAAUUGACGUUGGGAAUCGAGAACAAAAUGGUAGACAAGGAGGACGGGAGGAAGUAGGAGACCCCAGUAGGAGUCAAACAAAUGACCAAAAUGUUGGAAGACAAGGUCAAAUCAGAAGAGGAAGAAGAUACGGAAAACCAGAGCGAAAUGAUUCUGAAGACGAGAAACAAGGCAAAGAGGAAAGUGAAGUUAAGAAUCAAGAACGAAAUGGCGGAGAUGGAAAAGAUGCUGAAAAAAAAGAAGAACCAGGAAGCACGAACCAAGUAGGAAACAACAAUGGAGACGGAAAAGCUGGGGAAGAUGAAGGAAAACAAAACGAUGGGGAUGAUGAUGACGAUGAAAAUAAGGAAAAGCAGGAGAGUGGGGAUGGAAAGGGAGAAAUCAGAAGAGGAAGUAGAUAUGGAAAUCCAGAGCGAAAUGAUGAAGAUGAGAAACAAGGCAAAGGGGGAAGUGAAGUUAAGAAUCAAGAACGAAAUGGCGGAGAUGGAAAAGAUGCUGAAAAAAAAGAAGAACCAGGAAGCACGAACCAAGUAGGAGACAACAAUGGAGACGGAAAAGCUGAGGAAGAUGAAGGAAAACAAAACGAUGGGGAUGAAGAUGACGAUGAAAACACGGGGGGAAAAGGUGGGAAUGGAGGAAAACCAACUGAUGACGAUGAAGAUGAUGAAGAAAAUGAAGAAAAAGGAGGACUGAUGAAGCUGACGAUGAAAGCAAAGAAAAACACGGACGACCUCAUCGAAGAGGACGAAAAGAUAGCGAUGAAGAUGACGAUGAAAGCAAAGAAAAACACGGACGACGUCAUCGAAGAGGACGAAAAGAUAGCGAUGAAGAUGACGAUGAAAGCAAAGAAAAACACGGACGACCUCAUCGAAGAGGACGAAAAGAUAGCGAUGAAAAUGACGAUGAAAGCAAAGAAAAACACGGACGACGUCAUCGAAGAGGACGAAAAGAUAGCGAUGAAGAUGAUGAAAGUAAAGAAAAACAAGGACGACGUCAUCGAAGAGGACGAAAAGAUAGCGAUGAAGAUGAUGAAAGUAAAGAAAAACAAGGACGACGUCAUCGAAGAGGACGAAAAGAUGAAGAUGACGACGGACGAGACACAGGAAAAUCUGGUGAUGAGUCUCAGAGCAUCAGAUCUUUGUUCCGUUAUUGCACUGAGUGCUCUGAUUGUGAUGGAAUACUUACGGGAGGUCCUGACGAUGUUUCCAUAUAACCGAUGCUACCGUCGUACUGUUCGACACAAAGUUGGAACUCCACCUUUACUGCGACCCAGUGACAGAUCCAUUCAUGUAAUGCCUGAUAUCGAACGAAUCUCUCCUGAAGUUUUUGCAAAGUCUCGCCGGCGACGGCGAUGCACCAUCGAGAAGCUCGGACUCUCAAACGGCAGCGGGGGAGUGUCGAUCGCAGGGGCAAUUAAGCUGGUCAAAAGCGACAUCCCAAGCGAGGUACGACCGGGGCUCCCCGGUGCUCCGCGGAGCCCUCCUGUGCUAUAUGGGUGCUGA